GCAGUGGGGGCGGGGGAGGGCCGGACGGCCGCGAGGCUCGAGUGGGCGGGGUGCCGCGGCGGUGGCGGCUGCGCGCUGGCUGGUACGUCAGCGGCAGGAUGGCUGUAGCCGCCGUAGCAGCAGGAGCAGCCUCCGGUGGUGGCGGCGGCUUGGGGGCCUCAGCGGUGGCAGUAGUGGCUGCGGGGUGGGAGGCAGCAGCAGCACCAGCGUCGUCGUAAGAUGGCGGCGCUGCAAGAAGGGGGCAGGUAUGGCGUGUCCUGCGGCAGGGUCACCCAGGACCACAUCACGGUGCUGCAUGUCAAGCUGACCGAGACCGCCUUCCGAGCUCUGGAGAGCUACCAGGGGAGCAAGAAUCUGAUUCCUUCUCGACCUUCCAUCCAAUUUCAAGGACUCCAAGGGCUUGUCAAGAUUCCCAAAAUCGAUCUCCCAAAUGAAGUACAUACCUUUAAUUUCUAUUUGUCAAAUGUUGGAAAAGAUAAUCCUCAGGGAAGCUUUGACUGUGUCCAGCAAACUGUUUCAAGUACUGGGUCCUCACAGCUCAGCUGUUUGGGAUUUAUACAGGACAAAAUUACAGUAUGUGCAACAAAUGAUUCAUACCAGAUGACCAGAGAACGUAUGACCCAGGCAGAAGAGGAAUCUCGCAACCGAAGUACAAAAGUCAUAAAACCUGGUGGACCAUAUUUUGGCCUUUCCCCACGGUCUAAAUAUCUAGUGCUCCAGAUCAGCUGUAAAUGGCUUCUGCAGGCCACAGACAGUGAAGGUAAAAGAGUACAAAUUCGGAAAGCACCACAAAGUAUUCCAGAUGCAGUGCCUGAGAGGAAAAGGUCCACUCCCAUCAACCCUGCAAAUACAAUACGCAAGACCCAUACAAACAACAGUAUUUCUCAGCGGCCAUAUAAGGAUAGAGUGGUUCACUUACUGGCACUGAAAACCUACAAGAAACCAGAGCUCCUGGCUCGCUUAUUGAAAGAUGGAGUCAGUCAAAAAGACAGAAAUUCCCUUGCAGCUAUUCUUCAACAGGUGGCCAAUCUGAAUCCAAAGGACAACUCUUAUACACUGAAAGAAUAUGUUUAUAAAGAAGUUCAGAAAGACUGGCCAGGAUACAAUGAAAUAGACAGACAGUCGCUGGAAAUGAUACUCUCUCGAAAACUAAAUUCAUCUCAGAAUGCUACCAGUACCAGUCACAUGGAAUCUCCUCUGAGUACUAUUAAAGAUGCUGCAUCUGCUUCUCCUUCUCAGAAACGGCUUUUGGAUUCUGAUUUUAUUGAUCCUUUAAUGAAUAAAAAACCAAGGAUAUCUCAUCUUACCAAUAGAGUUCAACCAACAUUAAACGGUCAUUUGACUAAUUCUGGUGACAAAAAUGCUGAAACUUCUCAACCACCACCUCCCCCUGCAGUUGCUGCAACACCAGCUGCUCCACCACUUCCUCCAACUUGCCUUCCUGUUUCAAAUCCUCCUCGGACUGUAAAUUCUAACUCCAAUUCCCCUAGCACUCCUGAAGGCCGGGGGACUCAAGACCUGCCUGUUGACACUUUGAGCCAGAAUGGCAGCAUUUUUGGGGACCAGCAUCAAAAAUAUACUUCUAGGACUCCACUGGAAAUCCCAGCACCUACUGAAGAUCUGUCCAUGUGCCCAAAAACUACAAAUGAGAAACAUUCAAUGUUGCACAAAAAAUCCAAAAAGAAGUCAAAGAAGCAUAAGGAGAAGGACCAAAUCAAAGAGCGUAAUGUUGGGAAUGUUGCACAGAAGGAGAGAGACUGUGAAAGCAAAGAAAUUGCCAAGCUCAAGAACUCCAGUCUAAAUUUGAGUGAAGGUGUUAAAGAGACUUGUGCUGCCUCCACGGAUCCUUUGUCAACAAGUGAACUACCAGACUACUUUGUGAAAUAUAUAGCAAUUGUCUCAUAUGAGCAACGGCAAAAUUACAAGGAUGACUUCAAUGCAGAAUAUGAUGAAUAUAGAAACUUGCAUGCAAGGAUGGAGAGUGUUACUAGGAGGUUUAUGAAACUAGAUGCACAGCGAAAGCUGCUUUCUCCAGGAUCUAAAGAGUAUCAGAUUCUUCACGAGGAAGUUUUACAAGAAUAUCAGAAGAUCAAACAGUCUAGCCCCAACUACCAUGAAGAAAAGUGCAGAUGUGAAUACCUUCAUAACAAGCUGGCUCACAUUAAAAGACUAAUAGGUGAAUUUGACCAACGGCAAGCAGAGCCAUGGCACUAGAGCUCUGGACCAGAAGAUGUGAAUAAACUAAAGAUUAUUUAUUUAAAAUUCCAUAUGACUUCUUCUGAGGUUUAAAAGAGUGAAACUUCCCUAAUGCAGAAGUUUCACAGUUAGCAGACUGAGUUGCUAUUUUUGUUGAUGGUGAGGAUGUUGCUUCCCUGCUUAGUUGAAGCUGCUUUAUUUUUCCUGGUCCCUCUUUUCUUAAUACAUGUUUAUCCAUGGAAAUUAUUUACCGUUGGGUACAGGGGAUCCAGUCUCUAAUCUGAGGCUGUGCACAUUUUUUAAAAGGAGAAUUGUAGCAAAAGGAGAAGCUUUUGGAUGAAUACAAGCCUGUUUUGCAUUAACUUUUCUUGUUAAUGCAAAACUAUUUGCCUUAAAUGGUAGAAAGUUUAAAAUUUUGCACAAAAACUUUAAAAAAAAACACCAUUGUUUUUGGAGGGUUAAGAGGUGUGUAUAUAGAAGUUUUUAUAUACAACAACCUGUGUAUCAACAACAGUAACUUAUUUUUGUGACUUCAACCCCCACUGCAAUGGUUGCCUUACGGUGUUUGCUUGUGUUAUCUUGAUUGCUCCAUAAAUACUCUGCUUCUCCCUCCAUCAAAAGGGAGAGCACUCUGUGGCCUACUGGUGUCUGAAGUGUGUGUGUGUGUGUGUGUGUGCGCGCGCGCGCGCGCGCGCGUGCAGGAAAUUGUGUGCAUGUUGAGCAAAAACAGUUUGGGAGGAAAUCUGCUACAUAAGCCAAAUAUUCAGGUUAAAACAACUGACAAGUGUUACUGCAGGUUUUUCCUAGGAACCUGCUACUUCUGUUCUGGAAGACAAAUGUUUCCAUUUCAACAAUUUGUCAGCUUUGUUAUUGGAGGAAAAUUGAUACUUUACAAAAAUCAGUUCUAUAGUUUUGGGGCAAAAUUGUAAAAUUAAACAUGUAGGCGACCUAUUUAUAUACUGCUAUAAAAUAUUUUUGAAGAGAAAUAUGCAAUGAAGCUAUUGCCUACAUGAAAUGUAUAUUUAAAGAUUUUUUUCCCUGAGUGUCAGGAAUAUAACACAGAUGUAUUUAACUAUAAAAUACUGUGAUCAUCAAACAGCACAAACUUUCAUUUCAUGCAGUUAAUGGUUUAAUUAAUUUAAACCAUCAUUUUAUCAUGUGGGAACAUAAGUUAUUUGGUCACAAAAUCGCGUUUUUGGAUUAUACUUGUCUUUUCUUUGUCUUAAUUUUUUUUUCACAGUCCUGCCACUUGAGAAGGGAAGCAUUAUGUUUACAAGUCUGAUUUUUUUGGAAUGUUUGCCAAAAUUUUGGUAGUAUCUUUAAUAAACUUGUCUCCAGCAUCAA